UAUUAGCUUUUUUGCAGUAUAUACCUGACCGACUGAAGGUCUACCCAUGUUGAUCGUGUUAUAAGAAUCGUUUGUCAGAAGUGUGUUCUUACGAAUGAAACAAACGUGCGUAGAACAUCGUCCAGACAUACUGCAAUCAGUUAACAGAAGGAAUUCAAUACGAUCAAAGUACAGAGGUGGAAAGAUGGGUCGGAGAAUUAUAGGAACACAUAUUUUGUUGCUCCUGUUUUGUUUCUCGAGCGUCUGUAGUGCUGAUGAUGGUUUUGUACGUGUGGUGCUGAAGAAAAAGCCACUAGACCGCUUUAGUCUAACUGGUGGCAGACUUACAGAAAAAAGACAUGACUUUGAGUAUGCAAAUAUUCAGAAGUUUAGUCUUCGAGAAGGGCGAGACAAUGGAGAUUAUGUGUUUUUGAAUAAUUACCUGGAUGCACAGUACUAUGGCGAGAUUGGCAUCGGAACCCCACCUCAGAAGUUUACUGUUAUAUUUGACACGGGAAGCUCCAAUCUUUGGGUGCCUUCGUCUAAAUGCCACUUCUCGCUAGCUUGCUAUUUUCAUUCAAGGUACAAAUCAUCAAAGUCAAGCACAUACCAAGAAGAUGGAGAAUCCUGUGAGAUCCAAUAUGGCAGUGGAUCAAUAUCCGGUUUCUUAAGUAAAGAUGAUGUCACAGUUGGGAAACUUGUUGUGAAACAUCAGGUCUUUGCUGAGACUACACAUGAACCAGGGUUAACAUUUUUGUUGUCUAAGUUUGAUGGCAUCCUAGGGCUUGGUUUCAAGGAAAUUGCUGUUGAUGAUGUUGUUCCAGUCUGGUACAACAUGGUAAACCAAAGCCUUGUCCAAGAACCAGUCUUCUCUUUUUGGAUGAACAGGAAUGCAGAUGAAGAAGAAGGAGGAGAGAUAGUAUUUGGAGGCAUCAAUAGUAAACGCUUCAAGGGUAAACAUACAUUUGUGCCUGUUACAAAACAGGGUUACUGGCAGUUUGAUAUGGGAGAUUUUCUUAUUGGCAAUGAAUCAACAGGCUUUUGUGCUGGAGGCUGUGCUGCUAUCGUAGACUCUGGAACUUCUCUGCUGGGUGGCCCAUCAGGCAUUAUAGCACAAAUCAACCAUGCUAUUGGGGCAUCAGGUAUAGUAAGCCAAGAAUGUAAAACAGUUGUAUCACAGUAUGGAGAUCUGAUAUUGGAGCUUUUGACAAAAAAGGUAGUUCCUCAUGCUAUAUGCUCACAAAUUGGCUUGUGCUUUUAUGAUGGUACAAGGCAUGUGAGCAUUGGAAUUGUUGAUUUACCAGAAAAAGAUCUAAGUGAAGCAGAAACAUCUUCAGGUUUUGAUAAUGGCUUGUGCAGUAUUUGUGAGAUGGCAGUUGUUUGGGUGGAGAAUCAACUUGCUCUUAACAAGACAACAGAGCAAAUUCUAAGCUACUUGAAUCAACUCUGUGAGCGAUUGCCAAAUCCUAAUGGAGAAUCACUUGUUGACUGUGAUCAACUAUCAAGCAUGCCAAAUGUAACGUUUUCUAUCAGAAAUGAAAAAUUCAAGCUCACUCCAUAUCAGUACAUUCUUAAAGUUGGUAAAGACCCUGUUGCUCAGUGUGUAAGUGGUUUUAUGGCCUUUGAUGUUCCUCCUCCACUGGGUCCUAUAUGGAUUCUUGGAGACAUUUUCAUGGGUGCAUAUCACACAGUUUUUGACUUUGGGAACGUGAGGCUGGGCUUUGCUGAAUCUGUCUAACAAUGCAUGAAUACAAAAGCUAUGUUUUAUUCAAAUUAAUAGGCGUUUGACCUUGUUGAACAUAUAGCAUCCAUCUGUGAAACACCAGAAUUCUCCCCUUUAUUACCUUCGGAUAUGCCUUAUAUGUAUAAAUUCAAGAUACCCCUCUUUAUAUUAAUGUGUAAAGCAGGAUUACCUAAAUGCUUUCUUUGGGAACCCUUAUUAAAAUAUCCAAGUUCUUACACUAGCCUUCUUUUCCAGCUUUGGCAUCACUUGUGUAUAACCUAAUUUCUUCUUAAGCUGCUGCACUUCUGAUCCGCCUGGCAUUCCAGGGAGGAGAGGCGACUGGGUGCCAUAGAAUUUUAGGGAAUGCAUGUAAAGGAUAAUAUCAUAAACAAAUUCUUAAUAACUUGCAUUGAGAUGCUCAUUGGGUACCCUUAUUAAAAUUUAUUUCUCUGUACAAGCUUCUCAUAUAGCUUUGGCACUAUUUGUAUCUAUUUAUGUGAAGGAUGAAUCCUUAUACAAUUUGAUGAUAACUUGCAUUGA